UCAAAAUUCCAACACUUCUACCGUCCUCCAAAAUGAAGUUCAAAACCGUUUCUAUAUUUUCCUUCUCUUUCAUUGCUCUCUACUUCACUGUGGCCAAUGGUGCCACUAUUAACAUUCGAAACAACUGUCCCUACACGGUCUGGGCUGCGGCCGUGCCAGGUGGUGGCAGGCGGCUGGACAGAGGUGGAGUCUGGAACCUAAACGUGAACCCUGGCACCACAGGAGCUCGUGUCUGGGCUCGAACCAAGUGCCAAUUCGAUGGUGCCGGGCGUGGCAGAUGCGAAACCGGUGACUGUGGGGGGCUCCUCCAGUGCCAAGCCUAUGGUGCACCCCCCAACACCCUGGCUGAAUACGCACUAAACCAGUUCAAUAACAAGGAUUUCUUCGAUAUCUCUUUAGUCGAUGGAUUUAAUGUUCCUAUGGACUUUAGUCCAACUUCUGGGGGGUGCACCCGGGGUAUUAGAUGCACGGCAGAUAUCAUAGGGCAGUGCCCUAAUCAAUUGAAAGCUCCGGGCGGGUGCAAUAACCCUUGCACCGUUUUCAGGACUGAUCAAUAUUGUUGCAAUUCUGGGAACUGUAGGCCUACGGAUUUUUCCAGGUUCUUCAAAACAAGGUGCCCCGACGCUUACAGUUACCCUAAAGAUGAUCAAACAAGCACGUUUACUUGCCCUGGUGGGACUAACUACAGGGUUGUGUUCUGCCCUUGAAAUCUACUUGCCUUGUGCUUUAUGGAGUUAUAUAGUAGUAGCAGCACUGCUGCUGACAAUAAAGUGCAAGAAGCUUUCACAGCCGCGUGCAUGGAAUGACGUGCUAGAGUGAAGUUGUACACAAACUUCAGAUAUGGAGUUUAUGAAAUUAAUAAAGUUUUUAUAAGCGUUAUGUACUUCAUUGCAGAAGUACAACUCUUUUAGCUUACAAAUUCUUAAUCACGAGUGAAUGGAUAAAUCAA